AUGGCUGCCAACUACUGGGCCUCGACUCAGCGUCGUCACUGGCUCUUCACUCGGGAGAAAUUGGCCGAAGUUCGGGAGAGACUCCGAGAACGAGAUAAGGUCACCCAUUCGCAGUUUCCAUUACCAGACCAGCGAUUACUGAAUAUCUACUUCAAUCAGCAACUGAUCAAAUUGGGCAAGCGCAUGUCCACCCGCCAACAGGCCAUUGCUACUGCCCAGGUAUAUCUGAAACGGUUCUAUACCAAGAAUGAGAUUCGCCAGACCAAUCCUUAUCUGGUUCUCACCACGGCAUUCUACCUGGCUUGUAAAAUGGAAGAAUGCCCCCAGCACAUCCGCUUUGUAGUGGGCGAGGCCCGCGGUUUAUAUCCUGAAUUCAUCACGCCAGAUGUAGCCAAGCUGGGCGAGUGCGAAUUCGCCUUGAUCUCCGAGAUGAGCUCCCAGCUCAUCGUCCACCAUCCAUAUCGGACCUUGUCGGAGCUCCAAACCGAGUUACCCCUCAGCUCGGACGAGGUCGCCCUAGCGUGGUCCGUUAUCAACGACCACUAUCUAACAGACCUACCCCUACUUCACCCGCCACAUAUCAUUGCUAUCAUGGCCAUCAUCGUCGCCGUGGUCUUCAAGCCUUCUCACCCCGGUAACUUUGGCAACUCGGCACAGUCAGCCUUGGCCGGAGCGAUGAGAGACGGUGGCGGCAUGGGCAUGCUAGCCGCGUUGUCGGAUAAGCCUGGCUCUGGUCCCCCUCGCAUCCAGAAGCUCGUACAGUGGCUGGCAGAGAGCGAAAUUGACAUCAAGGCCGUUAUCGAAUGUACCCAGGAGCUUCUUUCCUUGUAUGAGGUGUGGGAGCAGUACAGUGAGAAACACUGCAAGGAACUGAUUGGACGCAUGGUGAAGAGCAAGAAUUUGGAUAAGUGA